UUAUUUUUUAACUGAAAAAGGGGUAGGUUGUUAGCACUGUGGCGCGAUAGAUAGAGAGGGGCGGAGCGCGUGCUCCUCCUCCUCCUCCAAUCCAAUCCACUCCAAUCCGAAUCGGCGGCGAUGGCGGUCGCGGCGGCGGUGCGGGCGGCGGCGGCGGACCUGGCGGUGACGUUCCUGUGGGUGCUGUGCGUGUCGACGCUGGGGGCGUCCACGGCGGCGGUGACCUCCUACCUGAGCAUCCAGGAGGGGUUCCACUACGCGCUCCUCGUCACCGUCUCCCUCCUCUCCGUCCUCCUCUUCGCCUUCAACCUCCUCUGCGACGCGCUCGGCGGCGCCAGCUUCAACCCCACCGCCGUCGCCGCCUUCCACGCCGCCGGCCUCACCGGCCCCCGCGACUCCUCCCUCCUCACCGUCGCCCUCCGCUUCCCGGCCCAGGCCGCCGGCGCGGUGGGUGGAGCGCUCGCGAUAUCGGAGCUGAUGCCGGCGCAGUACAAGCACAUGCUCGGGGGCCCCUCGCUCAAGGUGGAUCUCCACACCGGCGCCGCCGCCGAAGGGGUGCUCACCUUCGUCAUCACCUUGGCUGUCCUGUGGAUCAUCGUCAAGGGCCCGCGUAACCCCAUCAUCAAGACCUGGAUGCUCUCCAUCUCCACUGUCUGCCUCGUGCUCACCGGCGCUGCCUACACUGGCCCUUCCAUGAACCCUGCCAAUGCAUUUGGCUGGGCAUAUGUCAACAAUCGCCACAACACAUGGGAGCAGUUCUACGUCUACUGGAUAUGCCCUUUUGUUGGUGCUGUUCUUGCUGCCUGGGUCUUCAGGGCUGUGUUCCCACCACCGGCACCUAAGCCCAAGGCCAAGAAAGCAUGAUGAAACCAAGCACAAAACUCAUCACCAGCAAUUGGUUAUAGAUGUUGGAUUUGAAGAACCCAACACUAUUAGCCACAAGCAAUAAUGCAUUACUGCUUUCCACCAUAGUUAAUUUGUACUUAGAGUAAUUUAGGUCAUUAGAUUGGAACACCGACAACCCCAAGGGCAUAUAUUUGAUUGGAAAUUCUUAGAACCUCAAUGUAAUUUCAAUCAUUUAUUGGUGUUAUUUACUCUUGAACCGGUGGAUGGAAUGAAUGAAUGUCAUAUAUUGUCAGUAAUUUA